CCCGUUUUGGAUGCUCGUAAAAAAAAAAAAUGACGGACCAAGCUCUGAUUGGUGAACAAAUCGGGCUACUGGCCAAUCACGUCUCUCUCUCUCUCUGGGAGGGAAAACCCAGCAUCAAAAUAAACUGCCACUUGUUUGCAGCUUUUCGUUUCGCAAUUAGCGCGAUUUAUCUGCUCUUAUUACAGUUGUUAGUAGCAUUUCUCCUUCACUUUCACAUCCGUGAUAUUGGAUUUCCCCCUCUUUCAUCUUACAGAGCGUGGAACCUAAAUAUUGUUUUUUUGUUUGCAUUGGUUACACGUUUCCUUUAUCUUUUCAUACAUCCAUACUUUCUUAAGCAACGCUGGCUGUUCAGAAGACUAAAAUUAUAUAAUAUGAUAAUACCUCAUUAAAUAGAUUCGACAUCAACAUGAUCCAGUGGCGAGUCAUUUUACUGUGUGUGACAUUAUGGUGGAGUCUACAAACAGCAUCCUCCCAAACUCAUGAAGUGGUGUGUCCUGGUACGCAGAAUGGACUGAGCUCCACAGGUUCUCAAGAGAAUCAGUACAACCUGAUUAAGGACCGGUACGAUGGCUGCGAGAUCAUCAUGGGAAACCUGGAGAUAACUCAGAUUGAGAGUAACUGGGACUUCUCCUUCCUCAAGACAAUCCGCGAAGUGACUGGUUAUGUCCUCAUCGCUAUGAACCACUUUCAGGAGAUUCCUCUAGGGCAACUACGGGUGAUCAGAGGAAAUAGUCUUUAUGAAAGACGCUUUGCUCUCUCUGUUUAUCUCAAUUACCCCAAGGACGGCUCCAACGGCCUGCGGCAGCUGGGGCUGGUAAAUCUGACAGAAAUUCUGGAGGGAGGAGUGCAGAUUAUUAACAACAAGUACCUGAGUUAUGGCCCCUGGAUCUUCUGGCAAGAUAUCAUCAGGGACAACAGUGCUCCCAUUGACAUCCAGUACAAUAGAGAGAGAGGUCCAUGCCACAAAUCUUGUGGAGAUUACUGCUGGGGGCCAAAUAAGGACCAAUGUCAGAUCUUGACUAAGACGGUGUGCGCUCCACAGUGUAAUGGCCGUUGUUUUGGAACGAGUCCCAGGGACUGCUGUCACAUUGAGUGUGCAGCAGGAUGUAAAGGCCCUCUGGAUGUGGACUGUUUUGCAUGUCGUCAUUUUAACGACUCUGGAGCCUGUGUGCCCCAGUGUCCCCAGACGCUUAUCUAUAACAAGCAGACGUUUCAAAUGGAGACCAACCGUAAUGCCAAAUAUCAGUACGGAUCCAUCUGUGUCUCCCAGUGCCCCACCCAUUUCGUGGUGGACGGCAGCUCCUGUGUGAGUGUUUGUCCUCCAGACAAGAUGGAGGUGGAAAGGGAAGGCCAGCGGCAGUGUGAACUCUGCAGUGGACUUUGCCCAAAAGUGUGUGAAGGCACUGGGGCUGAACACAGACAGACCGUGGACUCCAGUAACAUCGACAGCUUUAUCAACUGCACCAAGAUCCAGGGAAGUCUUCACUUCCUGGUCACAGGGAUUCUUGGAGAUGACUUUAAAAACAUCCAGCCCCUGGACGCCAAAAAGUUAGAAGUGUUCCGCACCGUCAGAGAAAUAACAGAUAUCCUAAACAUCCAGUCGUGGCCCAAAGAACUGGAUGAUCUGUCUGUUUUUUCGAGUCUCACUACCAUUCAAGGGAGGUCGCUCGACAAGCGUUUUUCUCUGAUGGUGAUGCGCGUCCCCACUCUUACCUCACUGGGUCUGCGCUCUCUCCGGGAGAUCAGUGAUGGCAGUGUGUACAUCAGUCAGAAUGCCAACCUCUGCUACCACCACACUGUAAACUGGACACAGCUGUUCAGAGGCAGCAGACUUCGAGGCAACAACCUUAACAACAACAGGCCACUGGCCGAGUGUGUUGCAGAAGGCCAUGUGUGUGACCCGCUGUGUUCAGACUCAGGUUGUUGGGGCCCAGGGCCCAACCAGUGUCUGUCCUGUAGGAACUACAGCCGAGAUGGCACAUGCGUGGGCAGCUGUAAUUUUUACACUGGAUCUCCUAGGGAAUUUGCGGGACCUGGUGGCGAGUGCGUCGCCUGUCAUCCAGAGUGUAAGCCUCAGAGGGGAAAAGCCAGCUGUACUGGACUGGGUGCAGACAAAUGUGUGGCAUGCGCCAACCUUCGGGAUGGUCCUUACUGCAUGUCCUCUUGCCCCAGCGGAGUGAAUGAUGGACAGAGGGGACUGAUCUUUAAAUACCCCAACAGGGAGGGUCACUGCGAUCCAUGUCAUCACAACUGCACACAGGGAUGCUGGGGCCCAGGAUUAAAUGAUUGUUUAGAGACAUCCAGACUGGCAGUUAGUAGUGGUCAGAUCACAGUCAUAGCUUUAGGUGUCCCAGCUGGCUUAAUUUUCUGCCUGGUGUUGUUUUUCCUGGGCGUGCUAUACCACCGAGGCCUGGCCAUCCGCCGCAAGAGAGCCAUGAGGAGGUACCUGGAGAGCGGGGAGAGCUUUGAGCCACUGGGCCCCGGAGAAAAAGGUACGAAGGUUCAUGCCCGCAUCCUGAGGCCCUCAGAGCUGAAAAAAAUCAAAGCCCUUGGCUCAGGAGUUUUUGGCACAGUGAACAAGGGUUUUUGGACUCCGGAGGGAGAGACAGUGAAGAUCCCUGUGGCCAUUAAGACCAUCCAGGAUAGCUCAGGCCGACAGACCUUCACCGAGAUCACUGACCACAUGCUGUGCAUGGGCAGCCUGGACCAUCCCUACAUCGUUAGGCUGUUGGGCAUCUGUCCAGGCCCCACUCUGCAACUGGUGACACAACUUAGUUCACAGGGCUCCUUACUGGAGCACAUCAAACAACACAAGAACAGCCUGGACCCUCAGCGCCUGCUCAACUGGUGCGUGCAGAUUGCUAAGGGUAUGUACUACCUGGAGGAGCACCGCAUGGUCCACAGGAACCUAGCUGCCCGCAACAUCCUGCUGAAGAAUGGCUACCAGGUCCAGAUCUCUGACUACGGUGUAGCAGACCUCCUUUAUCCCGACGACAAGAAAUAUGUUUACACUGACACCAAGACACCCAUAAAAUGGAUGGCACUUGAAAGCAUCUUGUUUCGCAGAUACACUCAUCAAAGUGAUGUUUGGAGUUAUGGGGUGACAGUGUGGGAGAUGAUGUCAUUUGGUGCGGAGCCGUAUGCAUCGGUGCAGCCUCAGGAGGUGCCAAGUCUGCUGGAGAAGGGCGAACGACUGUCUCAGCCCCACAUCUGUACCAUAGACGUCUACAUGGUCAUGGUUAAAUGCUGGAUGAUUGAUGAAAAUAUAAGGCCUACCUUCAAAGAGCUGGCCAGUGACUUCACUCGCAUGGCAAGAGACCCACCUAGAUAUCUUGUCAUCAAGCUGGAAGGAGCAGAGACGUCCUCAGGAGAGAUCCAUCGAAGAGAAUCAGAGCGAGGGCUUCUGGAGGCAGAUUUGGACGACCAAGACGAGGAGGGCCUGGAGGAUGGUUUGGCUACUCCUCCUCUCCAACACUCUCCAUCUUGGAGUCUGUCUCGUUCACGGAUUAAUUCUUACAGGAGUGGCACCUCUCAGGCUGGACCUGUGGGAUAUCUGCCAAUGACCCCCAGCCCUGUGGACAGUAUCCGCCAGCUGUGGCUUCAGAGGUCUCGACUAAGCUCGGUGCGGACACUGCCUGAGAGGUCAGAGGUCAGGGGGAGUGGCAGAGAGGCAGAGCUGCAUGAGGAAGGUUCACGGAGCGGGAGUCUUCACAGGGCCAGGUUCGGCUCCGAGAGGGGUAAUCCUCGCAUAUCAGUCAGCCGGCCGAGGAAACUCUCAACAGCAUCAAGUCCUUCCUCGUAUAAGGUGUGGCCGGCAGAGGAAGAGGAGGAGGUGGACCACUACGGCUAUGUCCUGGCUGGGUCACCUGUUGUUACUCCAGAGAGAGUCUGUAGAGUCUCUCAUCCGGGACGAAGAAACUCAAGACUCAAGAAUAAUCUGUCUCUCGUGGUAAUAAAUCCCUCCCAAGAGUAUGAAAUCAUGAGCAAAGAGUCUGGUGCUCCUCUGUGCUCGACCAGCGUUGUCUUAUCACAGACAGACCCACCUUCGGUGGCACUUCAUCGUAGAACCUCACCUUUACCUUCUCCAACCCUCAUGGCUCCAUUACCUGCAGAGGACACAGCACAUGUAGAAACUCUGACACCAGUCUCAUCUGUGAGGAGUACGCAAGUAGAUGAGGAUUAUGAAGGAAAUGUUGCAGAGCAAACAGACUCCACAGACAAGCGUCAGCUCAAAGAGUCCUCCUCUGCUAGUGGGAUCAGAGCUGACCAAGGAGAGGCAGCCCAAGAGAUAGGCAGGUAUGAAUACAUGGAUAUUAGGCGAUCCGACUCACCAGAGGGAGAGGAUACAGCAGGGGAGAGACGUGGGAGUCAAACAUCUGCAAAGAGUGCAGAAGAGACAGAGGAAGCAGACCAAAUGGUGGAGGUGUUGAAAAAAGAGCACGGGGAGGAAGAGGUGAAGUACCACAACACAAAUAAACAACCCACGCUUCAGGGGAAUCUGAGUGGUAUGCUCAUGCCCAGGCCAGAUGUGCUCCCAGCUAGGGGAGAAAAGGUGGAGGAGGAGUAUGAGGAGAUGACCAGACUUGGAGUGGUGCCCAGUGGGUGGGAGCAGGUAGACUACCAGAACCUCCCAGUGAAGGGGAGGGCUGUUUCUGAGGAGACGGGCAGAGGCAGGUGUGCAGGGAUUGGGGGAUACAUCAAGGUGUGUGCUGGCAUCAGGGAGCCUGGCAGCAACACAUCAUUUGACAACCCAGACUACUGGCACAGCAGACUGUUCCUCAAACCAGAUGCUGUACGCACCUAACAAUGUGGACUGGGACAUAACAGUUACUUUUCAUCCUGUCAUAAAUUUGGGAAGUUGUUCAUCUUUUACAGCUUUUUUUCUUUAAAUUCAAGCACGCAACAAACUUUGAAAGAUAAAAAUAAUAAAAAGAAAUACAUCUCAUUACACUGUUUUAUGUAGAAAAUAAAUGUUUAUGAAACCAAUUGUGAGUUGGUAGUUGGUACAGAACCAUAAAUUAAAGUUUAUACUGUAGCAGUACAAUGAAGUGACCAUGUUGGAGGCCUAUUUCUGUAGAGCAGUCUUUUUGUACAAUUUAUUAUAACAUGAAUUAUUAAAUACGAUUAUUUUGCAAAUA